AUGCCGUCCGAGUAUACAGCAACGCUUUAUGAAGAGAAGCCCAUUGCAAAAGGCAAAGUCAGCAUAGCAUCGUGGUCGCCCAAGAUGGACAUCAUCGCUAUUGGGUACAAAAUGGGUAUAAAUUGGGAGGUCCACUCUCCAGAUUCUGGUGGCGUGACUUACCUAGCCUGGCGACCCGAUGGGAAGGUUCUAUCUGUCGCCUAUGAAUGUGGACGUCUACAGUUCUUAAAUCUCCUCGAUGGUACGGUUCUACAUUCCAUGGAGUUCGGAACAGCUGUGAUCCGAUACUUAAUCUGGGUGUCAUGUGAACAUAACGUCACUACAAAGCAGACGAUCUUUCCCCCCUUUGAAUCGCUUUCCGUCUUUACAGAUGAUUUAUUCUCGAACCGCCAAGAGGUGUCGCAGCUAUCUAAACCGUGGCUUGAUCCUGACUCCAAGCCCUCUGUUCUAGUUGCUCACUUUGAGGACAAUACAGUGCGGUUCUAUGGCUGUGGAUUCUACGAACUGGCGUCUCUAAAACUGCCUAUUAAUAGCAGGUUUUACGACUGCUUUAUGGCACAAGAUUUUGCCUCUUUCGGGUACUUCAACGUUACGCCUCAAGGUCUUUUAACAUUUAAUAAGAUUUCUUCGCGUGCACUUGGUGAAUGCUGCCUACCCAUGCGAAACAUUUCAUUCCACAUAGCAUCCCUUCUUCAUUGUAAGCAGCUGUUAAUGUGGAGCUUAAAACAACUCAGGAGCGCAUGGGAGAACACACUCCUAGAAUUAGACACAAAACUGACUACUUAUUCACGUGAACGGCUUAGGAGUUCUUCGACAUGGUCCCUUCGUAACGAGCUGUUGGAGAUCAUACUAUUUGGCUAUGUGUCACCUCAAUUGCGGGAGUUCUUCCAGCGUGAUUGGACUCCAGUGGCCAUCCGAAGAGCCGGAAUUGCCAUGUUCAAGGCCUAUGGAAGUAUGAAGGCUAUCACCUUUCAACAGUUACAGUAG